GGACGUGCUACGGUUACGUCACGCCCGCAAGCACGCGGCACGCGGCACCCGGCACGCGAACGCACUUCGUUAAAAAAACUUUUUUGCACUGUUAACUUAAUAAUUACUGGCUGGUAAAAAAAAUUGUGGAUGUGUGAAUGACUUUUCCUCAUAUAGUAACAUAAUAAUUCAGAUCUUCGGCUGUUGUUUGGAUAGUCAACUAUGAAAAUGAACUGCGAUGGUGUAACAUGAAGCUUGGAAAAAUGUGCCUUAAAUUUGAAACUGUUUAUAAAAGUUCAAUCAACUAAUACGUAUUUAUUUGCCCAUCAAUAGUGAUAAGUCAAUGGUGUGACUAGUAUGACUCAGUGUUCUUAAUACAUUGGACGUUUGUUUUUUUAGAAGUGAUAUUAGUUUUUGCGAUCGUUGAUCGUAUACACGUGUGGGAAAUCAUAUAGCUUCGCAACAACAUGGUACUUCAAGGGCCCUUACUGUUUUUCAUAUCUAUAAUGUUAUUCGCCGCAUACUUACAAGACACUAGGAUAAACGCACAAUUAACGAAUACAGAAGUCGGACGAUCGGUGCCUCGAACGACGCAAGCGGUACGAACGAAUAUAACAAUGUUCGCAUGGAGCUCGUGGGGAUCCUGGAGUCCUUGCUCCAGAAGUUGCGGUGGCGGAGUAGCAGUCCAGGAACGUCAGUGCUUACCAAGAGAUCCUGCAAGACUGCGUCGUAGCAGAAAGAGAAGGAAAUUAUCAAAGAGCACAGAACGAACGAGAAGAGAGCAGACUGUGUCAGUGAUGGCCAGUCCAGACCCAGACUGUCCUGGGCUUGGGCGGCGUUAUCACGAAUGUAACACUGCGCCUUGUGCGGGUCCUCCGCGUGAUUCCCGGGCCGUGCAGUGCGCGGUGUAUGACCGCAGACCGUUUCGCGGCCGGUUCUAUACGUGGGUGCCUUACGUUGAUGGGAAUGCACCAUGCACCUUAAACUGCCGACCACGGGGACAACACUUCUAUGCAUCAUUGGCACUCGUGGAAGACGGUACUCCCUGCACGAAACCUGGUUUCCGAGCCAUAUGCGUGCAAGGUACAUGCAAGGUUGUUGGUCGAGAAAGUGUAUUGGCAUCGACAGCCACACGUGAUGUACGCUGUGGCCGGCGACUGGUGUCGGGUCUGUUCACCCCUCCUAAGCUGCCAAUUGGAUACUCACUCGUGACCACAGUGCCACGAGGCGCCUGCCGACUCAAUGUCUCGGAGAUACUACCGAAUGACAACUAUAUCGCGCUAAAAGCAACAAAUGGGUCAUACAUCAUAAAUGGAGAGUUCGCGGUGAGUCCACCAGGUACUUACGACGCAGCAGGCGCUAGGUUCAUCUACUCCCGUGCUGCUGGAUUAGACAGGAUAUUUGCCUUGGGACCCAUACAACAUCCCGUCGAGAUUAUGAUACUCGUCACGCGACAAAAUGCGAACAUAAAAUACGAAUUUUUAACUGAUUCAACAUCUGAUGAAAGUAAUUAUAUACCGAAUGUAAAUGAUCAACGACCACGUCAUCAUGAAAUACAAAGACAUCAUCGACAUCGUAACUACGAUCUGCAUGUACGAGAUAACGAAGUUAAACCUGGAAUACAACAUCCAAAUUUUAAAACAUUAGAAAGUAAAUCUCAUAUUGAUAGCAAUAUUAUUGGUGACAGAAAAUUCGUUUGGAAAAUAUUAAAUUUUACGGCAUGUUCGAGAAGUUGUGGAGGUGGUCUUCAAGUAGGGAAAUUCAAAUGCGUUGAACUAACAGAAAUGGGUGACAAAGAAGUAGCUAGAGCAUAUUGUAGCGGUGUACCACCAUCGCCACGUAGGCAUAGUUGCGGAACAGCACCGUGCCCACCACGAUGGAGAGCAGCUGCAUGGGGUGCUUGCCCUGUUUGUGGUCCAGCUAUACGAACUAGAAUCGUUGGAUGUGUUCAAGAUCACGCUAAGGGGAUUAUUAAGAUAAGUAAUCAAAGAUGUCCUCUUCCAAUGCCCUCUACUAGCGAGUCCUGCGAUAUUCCAAACUGUGACGGUACGGCUGUAAAAUCAGCAACACCAAGACUUGAUGCUCGGCGUAACAUACGACCAAAUGACGGCACUGAUACAUUCCGAGACGGGCCGGUAAUUUCUCUCGUCAGCAACGCAUCCGAAAAUGAUAUUACACCUACUAUGUCUACAAAUUACAGUUUUAGUGCCUCUGGUGGAUGGCUGUAUACGGAAUGGUCUGAGUGUGUGGGCUGGUGCGUUGGUGGUGGGGUGCAAUCUCGUGGAGUACGUUGUGCUGAUCCAUCCGGAUGUGCCUCACAGCGAACUCCCGUUCCCACACAAGCUUGCACUCCGAAAAAACACUGUGACGCACAGUGGUUUACCAGUGAAUGGUCUGCCUGUUCAGCGGAAUGCGACGGGCGACAAGUGCGGGGCGUUAUUUGUAUUGGUGGCAACGGUAGAAGAUUACGUGACUCCUCGUGUAGAGGGUCUCGUCCGGAAACUGAGAGAGCAUGUGGUGGUGCCUGUCAGCCAUCAUGGUACUUGAGCGACUGGAGCGAGUGCCAUGGCCCUUGCGAGGCAGGCAUGCAAUCACGUACAGUGUGGUGCACGAGAGGCGGCGUCGCAGGUGCCACUGGAGCUGCAAAGGACUCUGAAUGUAUAACUCGAAGACCACCGGCGAAACAAUCCUGCGUUCCAGCCCAUUGUACUACUAGCCCUGCCGUUGUUAAACCCGUUCCUACAGUAACAGAUCCGCAGCGAGUAACAAGACACCAAAGUCAUAAUUCACAUAAUAAUGGACCGUGUAUAGACAAACUUCACAAAUGCGAAUUGGCAGUACAAGCUCGUCUGUGCCACUACAACUACUACGCGGAAUCCUGCUGCCGCUCCUGCCACGGCAGAACGUAACAAUGAUGUGGUAACAAGACAAAAUCUGCGUGUUGAUGCGUAUUGUGAUACAAAAUGGACUAUUAGUGAGAAACGUUGGAUGUAGCUACAGAAGACAGCUACGGUCGUGCGCGCAUGUGGAAUAGUUAGAUAUUCAUGGAGACGUUAUUGUUAUUGACCAAAAAUUCUAGGUUCUAUGCCACCUAACUAACAAGUGAAGCACCCCAACUGUAUCUCUCGUACAAUAAUCACACUGAUAUUUCGAUAUUUAUAUGAUUGUACCUAACAUACAUUAUUUUGAGUACAUGCCAUAAAAUUGGAAUGAUUGUUCGUGCUUCAUUUGUGCUCGUGUAAUAGAUGGUAGCGUGUUUUCUUGCCCAUGAUAAUAAAAAUGUAUAAACCAAAAAUGUUAAUUAAUUCUUUAUCAUACUUGAAAUAUUUAGAAAGAGUUCUUUUUCUUAUCCAAACUGUACUUAAUACUGCUUAUACAUAUACAUAUUUUUCCCACUUUAAAGUAUUGUCACUAUGUUUUAAUGGAAUGUUUAUUUUGUUAUAACAUUUUGUCAACUUCUAUAAAUGUAUAAUAUAAUAAUAUUGGAGCUGAAUCUUUUAGAUCUUUCUGCCACUUACUUUCAAUAAACAAUACUUAUUUAUAAUACGUGAGACUCUUAAUAGUUUUUAUAUUAUAACUACCAAGAUAUGCAUGCUUGGCUAAAUUUAGCAUAGGAUUUAUAAUUGUCACAUAGUAAUUGUGAGUAUUAGAUAUAGAUUUUGUGAUCUCCAUGUGUUUAGUCGAGUUAUGGAUCGAUCCUCGACUUUUAUGAUUUAUUUUGUAGUUCGCAAGAUAAAAUUAUAAGAAUUAUUCUAAUUAAUAGGUAAUGCACAAUGUUAUUAACUGGGUUUUGACACUUUGAAGUUAUAUAAAAAAAUGUAACUUGCCUAUAUUUUCAUUGUGAGUAAUAUUUUAAUAUGUUUAGAUAUAAUGAGAUUAAUUUCGCACUUACUUUUAUACCUAUGUAUAAAAUGUUUACUUUGACCAUCUUAAUUACAUUGUGUAAAAAGCAAUGCGGAGUGUUUGCUAAAAUUAUAAUUAUUUAUAUAUACUAUUAGGCACAUAUAUAUUGUAAGUAUACAUAAGUAACCCGUUGUUUGGUAAAAAAAUUAAAUAGAUAUUUUCAUAAUAAUAAUCAUAAGAAGAUUCCUAAUUUAUUUGGAUGUUGAAACUCUGUAAUAAAUAUAUUAUCUAAUGACAGAAUUGAGUAUAUAUGUAUGUAAUUCUAAAAUGUUAGGUACAUUGUAGAAUUGUUAGGCAAUCAUUGAUUGAAGGAAUAGUGAAAGUUAAAAGGCAACUUAAUAAAAAUUAACAUUUUGGAUUUAUAGGUCUGAAUUAAAUUUGAUUAAAAAACUUCAAUACCAUUAAAUAAAACCGCUUUUGUAUACAAUAUACAAUUCAUAUUUGCAUUUAUAUCUAAGUAAUUUCGAUAAUAUAAAAAGAUAAUUAAGUUAUUCGCAAAUUUAUUAUUUCCAUUGAAACACUAAGAAUUUAUAUACAUUAAAAUAUUUCCCAUA